AUGUCUCGAAGUAGAUAUGCGCCCGACGAAAUGUAUCAACAAUUGGUGGACAACAUAAAACACCAUCAAAUGAUUAUCAGGUGUGUCAGCUUGCUGCAGAAGUUGCUGAGUCGUGCGACUUCGGUGCUCCUCUUCUGCAACACGGUCUCCAUCUGCUUCCAAAUCAUGGCUACAGCUGUGUUGCUGCAGGAGGACGUGGAGGUCAUCCAGACGGUUAAGAUGUUGAUGAGCUCCACCUUGUACGCUUACCAGGUGGCACUGUUCUGCCUGCUCGGUCAGAAGAUCAUCAACGAGAGCGAGCGCCUGCCGCGGUCCGCCUUCAGCUGCGGAUGGCCGGAAGCCGACACCCACUGUUGGCGGCUGCUGGUCGCCCUCUGCCGGCGAUCCUCGCGCGCACUCAGCCUCAAGGUGUGCGGCCUCUACACGCUGUCCAGGGAGACUCUGCUGCAGGUAGGGACCAUCUAG